UGUUUGAGGGCCCUGGAGUUAGUAACUUACGAGAUGAUUGUUGUUGGAGAAGGUUGCGUUCUGUUCCUGACUCGUACCUGCCCUCGAGUGGGGCGUGCGGAUGCGGACUCCGAAGACCGGUGGUGGUCAACAUGGAACAAUGACGUGAGGUCACAUAAUACUGCGACCUCAAGUCUACAAUAGUCUCUCUACAUCCCUCGGUUCCAAGAAGUAGCUACAACAAGAUGUCAACCAUUGCACAUACCAAGAAAGGCCUCUACGUUGGUACUGACAAGCAUCAAUGGUGGAAAGAGGCCGUCGUGUAUCAGAUCUAUCCCGCUUCUUUUCUCGAUAGUAACGGUGAUGGAUGGGGCGAUGUUCCCGGCAUCACGCAGAAGCUCGAUUACCUCAAGGAUCUCGGUGUUGACGUGAUUUGGGUGUCUCCGAUUUACAAGAGCCCGCAGGCCGAUAUGGGCUACGAUAUUGCGGACUACGAAGACAUUGAUCCGAGCUAUGGGACCCUAGCCGAUGUCGAUAAUCUCAUCAAGGAAGUCAAAAAGCGCGACAUGAAGCUUGUAAUGGAUCUUGUCGUUAACCACACGUCUGAAGAGCAUGCAUGGUUUCUUGAGUCGCGGUCUUCGAAGAACUCCGCAAAAAGAGACUGGUAUAUCUGGAAACCUGCAAAAUACGACGCCGACGGGAAUCGCCAACCACCGAACAACUGGGCGCAGAUUCUUGGUGAAGCAAACUCAGCAUGGACGUGGGAUGAGAAGACUCAAGAGUACUAUCUCUCGCUCUUCACGCCCGAGCAACCAGACUUGGACUGGGAAAACCCCGCUGUUCGCGAAGCCGUGCACAAUAUUCUGCGCUUCUGGCUCGAUCGUGGCGCGUCGGGUUUCCGCAUGGACGUCAUCAACCUGAUCUCGAAAGUGCAAACAUUUCCUGAUGCCGAUUUUGUCGUCAAAGACAGCAAAUACCAGCACGGGAGCAAAUACUAUGCAAAUGGCCCGCGUCUACACGAGUGGUUAAAAGAAUUGAAUCGCAACAUUCUGUCCAAGUAUGGAGCCUUCACAGUUGGUGAAAUGCCCUUCGUUCGCGACGAAGACGAAAUCAUUAAACUUGUAGGCGCACAGAGCGAAGAGCUGAACAUGAUCUUCUCCUUCGACCUCAUGCAUGUCGACAAAGUGCCUGGAGACUUCAAAUACACCCUCAAUUCGUGGGAUGCCAGCGAUUUGAAGCGGAUUGUGAACAGGCUCCAGCGACUCAUGCUUGAGCGCGACGGAUGGAAUUCACUCUACGUUGAGAACCACGAUCAACCUCGUAGUGUUAGUCGAUUUACAGACGAUAGCGAUGAGUGGCGUGAGUACGGUGCCAAACUCCUUUGCUUGAUGCAGACCACACUCGCUGGUACACUGUACGUCUAUCAGGGUGAGGAGAUUGGCAUGCGAAACGUGCCCGAAAGCUGGGGACCGGAGGAAUACAAGGACAUUGAGAGUAUCAAUUUCUUCAAAAAGUAUCGCGACCUCUAUCCCAACGACCCGGCAAAGCAAGCUCUAGCCCGUAAGAUCAUGCAACGCAAAGCGCGCGAUAGCUCCAGAACACCUAUGCAGUGGGACGAUUCCCCCCAGGCUGGUUUUAGUAACGGUAAGCCCUGGAUGCGUGUCAAUGACGACUACAAGACUAUCAACGCCGCGGCGCAGCUCGCCAACGCCAAACCUACACCUGGCACAUUGUCGGUCCACGCGUUCUGGAAACGCGCUCUUGAACUUCGCAAGAAGAACAAGGAAGUAUUUGUGUACGGCGACUUCGAGAUGCUGGAUAUGGAUGAUAAGAAAGUGGUAGCGUAUCGGCGAUGGAGCGAGAAGGAGGCUUUCCUCACGGUGUUGAAUCUCAGUGGGGAAACGGUGACAUGGGCUAAGCUGAACGACCUGAAAGUGAAGAAAUGGGUUGCAGGGAAUUAUGACGAGAGGGAGCUGGAGGGUAGGGAGUUGAGUGAGAAGGUCGGGUUGAGGCCAUGGGAGGCUGUGCUGGGGAUACUUCAGUAGACGUUGCUGGCAUAUAGACGCAAGAUGACCGGAAUGAUGAAGUUUCGAAUCGUGAAUCUAGUAUGUGCAAGCUACAAUAGAUAGCUACUUCUGCUACUAGAAUAGUAUCAGCACUACCAGCGUUAGAUACCCAGACUUAAAUACUCAGGCCAC